AAUGGCGGAGGAAGGGUCUGUGGAUGACAACAGUGACAAUAUAUUCGAAAUUAUACAGAAGCAGGUCUCCCCGAUAAAGGAAACAGUGAACGCAGAAGAGAAGAAGAAUGCUACAACAGAUAAUGAGCCAGAAUGUGUGACAAAUAACAAGCAGGAACAUUGCUAUCGCAAUCUCCCGGGCUGGCAAACGUCACAAACAUUGUCGCCUGUUGUUGUUGUUGCGAAGGGCAUUGGUAACAUCAACAACGCUGUACCAUCAACCUUGGCUGCAAGUAGUAAAGCAGGUGAACCACCAACAGUACCUAUAACAACGCCGACCAGGACUCCUCCUAAAUCAAUACCUCAACCGUCAGAAUCUCCAACAGAGUUUGGGUCUGGAUUGGACAUUGGAAAACGUAAGCGAAUUCACCACGAUUACCGUCGUUUGUCCAGUUCAGGAUAUUUGGAUGAUUAUGUCGGUGGAGGGAAGGAGAGAAGAUUCUCAUCCACUAGUGAAUCCUCAGAUGUGGGAACAUCGCCAUCACCGAAAUCUCCAAAAGUACAACCACUCAAAAUAAAACUGAUAACCAAGACUAAAAUGGAGCCAUCAGUUAAUGGAACUCCAAAAACUAAAGAUUUGACAAAAUUGUCUAAAGGCAGUAGUGACUCCUCUACAGAGUCAGAGAAGAGGUCCUCUAGGAAGAGAGAUCAAAUAAAAGACAAAUGUGGUGACACCCCUACAAAAUCCAGGAGGCUUGAGCAUGAUGACAGAGUACGGAGCACUGGAACAACUAAAUCCAGUUCAGCACCACAGAGUGGAGAACAGCAGAAGUCUUCGGGUGGUCAUAGUUCCAAAGUUAGACCCAAAGAUUCCAGUAAGCUGACAUCAAAGGACACCAAACCUGCUCCAUACAUAAAAAUAACACUUGAUGGAAGUGCUAAACCAUCCCAACCAUCUCAUGAGAAUAUUCUAAAGACCCUUCACAUAGUUACUGAUAAAGACAGCUCUAAGGAUCUUAAACAGACUAACUCUUCUUCAGCAGGAAGGGCUGAGAAAGUUCCUGCGAGGUCUGGUAGUGAGGACUUCAAUGAUUGCACCUCGAAGGAAUCCAUGUCGGAUGGCUCAGGUUCAUGCAGUAGAGAGGCAGUGUCAGAGCCAAUUGCUGAAUGUCCCAAUCAGGAAUCAAGCGAGGUUACUGGGAUCUUGACAAACACUUCGCACCAGGAAGAGGUUAGUUCUAAACCAGUGGAGGAGAAAGUUCACAGGCACAAACAUAAACACAAACAUAAGCAUCAUCAUCAUGGUCACCAUCACCACCAUCACAAGGACAAGAAACAGUCUUCUGGCAGUUCAUCAAAGUCUAGCAAGUUUGGUGAGCUUUCAGAUGGACAUGGUGGGGGCAGCUCCAUGGGUCACUCUGAUUCCAACUCCAACUCUUUGAGCAGCACAUCAUCACAGUCAGUGUCCAAGUCAUCAUGUGAGCAGUUGUCACCCUCAGGCUCUAAAUCCUCAAAGGCAGCAAAAUCUGAUCUCGCUCUGAGUUUGGUAAGGCUUGAGGUUCACUCGCAGCCAUCACCAACUAAGCUCAAGCUUCAGAGACACAACCCGGCCAGCACAGAGGCUGGGACGCCAAAAAAGGGAGGUCACACUUCCUCUCACCAGUCCUCAGAGUCCCCACAGAAAUCUCAUUCCUCACACAGCAAAUCGUCCAGCAAGAAGAGCAAACACUUGGUGAACUGUGGCACACAGGUGAGUGUAAAACGAAAGACAGACACCAAAGGCGUCCAGGUUCCAGAGUCCCAGAAAGAGUUACAUCCUUUUGAAAACUUGAAAGCAUCUUUAAAAGGCAGCACAAAAUCUCCCCUGAAGGAACAAGCAAGUCCCCACAAGUCAGAGCACCACAGCAAGCACAGGAUUUCACGAUCCACACAAACUCGCAAAGAGUUGCCUGACAUCAAAGGUGGCCAGCUAAAAGUGGCUGGUGCUGUGUGUGAACAACACUAUAGGAUGAAAAACUUAAAUAGCUCUGGUUGUCAGCCAAGGAGUAAAACUUCAAAGUACAAACACUUAAUGCAUGUUGAAUAUUACCCUAAUGGUGGUGCCAGUGUGGUUCACUCCUACAAAGAUGAACUGUCAAAGCUCUCUGAGGCAGAGCUGACAGAGUUUGUGGAUGAUUACUUUGAUGAGGUCUAUGGAGAGCCAGUAGAGGGUUCGUCCAGUCAUGUAAUGGGCAUCAUCCAUGGAGCUGUGAAUGACAUGCCCGAACCUGUGGAGUAUUUCAGCUAUACCUAUCCUAACCUCACAGUCACCUGUGGUGUACUAGGGAAAUCAGACAUCGAAACAAUGCCAUUUUCCAAGUUUCAAGAGCAGGUUCACCGUACCUACCAGAGCAACACUUAUCGUUCCGGCCCACUUCUUCAGAUAAGCUUGGUGGGAACAGUUCAUGAGGAGAUUGGUGAUUAUUAUCCUGAUGUUAUUGCCAUGUUGGAGAAGGAUUUGUUCCUGAAAGCUGUGAUGCCGUGGGGUGCGCGGUCCUGGCUUAAAAUGAAUUCACCUCGGGAAAGUAAUGAUGGACCUAUUCUCUGGUGUCGGCCAGGGGAACAAGUUGUUCCUACUGCUGAUAUGCCUAAGUCACCAUACAAACGAAAACGUGGAGUGAAUGAGCUGAAGAACCUGCAUUAUUUACCUCGUGCCCAUGAGCCGCGAGAAGUGCUGGUGGAGGAUCGCACCCGCUGCCAUGCUGACCACGUGGGCCAGGGAUUUGAUCGUCAGACCACAGCUGCUGUUGGAGUGUUGAAAGCCAUACAUUGUGAUGAGGAGCCUGUUGAAGAUCGAAUAGUGAAGGACGUGCUUUGUUUCCAUGCCAGUGAUUUCAUUGAAGUGUCCCGAAAAUUGCAAUUAGAUCUCCAUGAACCUCCUGUAUCCCAGUGUGUAACAUGGGUAGAAGAUGCCAAACUUAAUCAGCUAAGGAGGGAAGGCAUACGAUAUGCAAAGAUCACCCUACGAGAUAAUGAUAUCUACUUUAUUCCAAGAAAUGUUGUGCAUCAGUUUAAGACUGUGUCUGCUGUGAGUAGUAUAGCUUGGCAUGUAAGGUUGAAGGAGUACUAUCAUGAUCAGCAGGAGCUAACAUCUGACAGUGAGGACGACAGGAUUUCAUCAAGCAUGACCAUCAGCUCACAGCAGGAAAGCAAUCCAGAAAUCAACUGUGACACACAGGUCAAAGUGCCCAAACCUGUUGACACAGGUGCUGAAGGUGAGGUGAAAAUUAAGAUCAAAACCGAAAGACGAGAAGGACAGUCUGUGAAAAAGGAUGAUGUGUCCACUGUAAAGAACGAUCAACGCCUCAAGAAGGUGGAUCAUCACAGCAGUAAGGAUGUGUCCAGGAAGUCUGAUGGCACCCGUUCUAAGGAAGGUGUAUCAAAAGAUAGUCAUCAGUCACGACACGAGCAUCGCUCACAACGUAAAGACGAACACAGAAAGGAUCGGCUGCGCAAAGAGGGACAUAAGGUGGAGAGGAAAAGUGAGCAUGUAAAGAAGAAAACAGAAGGAUUGAAAAAAGAGCCAGUUGUAUCAAAGCCGGACAAAACAGACACAAACUCAUUAAAGGAUAAUCCGCCGAUUAAGGAAGCAGUGGAGAUUAAACAAGAACCAGCAAUUUAUCCGGAGCGAGUGAGUGAUGCUAUUGAUCAGCAGGUCACACAGAAAACAAUUCCUGAUGAAGGGCAGCGAGGAGAACUGCAUGAAAAUACAGAAGAUCGUGUCCCAAAACUUAUGGUUCUCAGCGGAGAUUCACAGAAACUAUUAACUGUUAAUCAGAGUGAAAAAGAUGAAAGGGAUAACAAUAAUUACAGUGUAGAGAAAUCCUCAAAUGACUGCAAACAGGAAGAAAUGAAGUCAGAUGUAGAAAUUGCCCCUGUUGAGCAGGGCUCUGAGCCAAAUCUGCAUGCAGCAUGUUCAUUGCCUUCCAGAGAGCUUGUGUCCAGCGAGACAGUACAACAAACCUCUGACAGAUUGUGUGAACAGCAAAAAUUGACAGUGCUAGAAAGUGCCUUUGAGAAAAAUUCUGAUGUGGAAACAUGGCAUGUCAGGCCUGUUGUCACCCAUGGCUGUAGUGAACAUUUAGGGAAGCCUGAGUUGACAGUUAACUCCCUUGUCAGUGAUUCUAGAGAUAUUACUCCACUGUCUACUGAAGUAACAAAUGACAAUUUAGAGCUUGGAAAAAGGACUAUGGGCCUACAACCGACCAACCAAACAGCAGAUACAGAUGGCAAUAACCAGAGCUGUGGUCAGUAGCACUGGACACGAUUUUCUAUAUGUGUGGUUAGUGCUUCGUAUACAUUUACUACUGACUUGUGCACCAUUAUGCAUGGUAUUUUAUAUUUGUUAACAUGGACUGUUGGUGCCAUUGAUGGUCAAAUCUAGUGAAGUUCAUAAACAUUUUACCUGAACUGUGUGGGUUACUGCCAUUUUAUUUUUUUUUUUAUGACUUACCAUUGAUUGUAGCCUGAGAUGUGUCUAUUUAAAUAUCGAUGAACAAUUGUCUCAGCCAUAGUGGUGAUUCAUUCUGCAUAACAUUGCAAGCAGGAUUGUUUUGGGUCUAGCAUUCACUGCUAGGACUAGUGUUACAUGUAGCAGUGGUGCUUGGUUAGCAGUGUUACUGGUCUGUUGAUUUUUUAGUAUUACUUCAUCUGUUGCGUAGAACAGGUUCUUGAUGGUAAAUAUACAUAAAAAAUAAAAAGUACAUGUGAAUAUAUUAAGGACUGUUUCAUUGUAAUACAAUAACAUGUACAUGUAUUUAUGUUUUAUAUCAAGGUGCAAUGAUAUAUAAGAUGUUAGACAGUCAUAUAUCACUGUAUGUAUCACUUAUUUUUGUUUAUUGGUAUAAAACAUUCUUGGAACUGAGUAUUCUCAGGCCCUCAUCAUCUUCGCUUCACAUUCGGCUUUCAUUUGCUUUAGUGAAUGUUGAAGUAUAUUUAUAGAGUGAAAUGCUUUCCUGCUUCACUUAUGAAUGGACACACCACAGGCAUCUGCAGUGCUAAUGGAAAUGUUGCACAAAUUGUCGUGAAAAAUUUUGUCUGCAAGUGCAAGACUGACCAGAGCUGAUUUUCUCAGGUCUUGUCAACAUUUCUUCAUUUUUUUUCAAGUUCUGGUUGGUGUUAAGGCAUGGUAUCAGGCUCUUUGUGAGUUUAUUGUUAACUGAAUUAACUUCAAGCUUGGAAACUGUAAUAGUCCAUAAGAGUCAGUCUGAAGUUCACAUGUAUCUCUGCACUGUUUUAUCACAAAUUGAAAUGUCUCAGCUGUGAAAGGAAGUAACUUGAUGUGGGAAACAUUUACCUUGAAUUGUCUGAACAAACAUGUAAUUGUAUGUAACUACAUUUCCUGUCAAAAGUUUUAAAAUGGAUUUUUGGGCUCUGUUUUAGUUACGUGUUACAUUAAUUGGUGCCCUUUGAUAUGUACAUGUACAUUGUAUGACUGGUUUCUCUGUAUCCUUCACAUAGUUUCAAGCAUGGUUUUCUCAGGUCAUCUGUAGUACUAUGGCAGGUUUGGGAAGCUUCAUAUUAGUUUCCUGUAGUUUAUGAAUGCAUAUGUUUGCAUGUCCUACAUGUACAUAUACCAUGCUUUCCAACAGUUUCCUCAGGGGCUCCUGGGGUUCCACACUGGCCAAGAUCUUUAUCCGAGCCAUCAGUCUUCUUAUUUCUUAUCAUUUCUGUGAAUAUCACUGUUCAUUGCAUUGUAAAUUGUACAGUAUAUGUAUAUAUUGUGUCAUCGGGAAAUGCCAAUGUGAAGCCCAACGUCUGAUGUAAAUUAUAAAUAGGCAAUCUAAGAAUUUCAUCAGUAGUGAACUUUGCAAAUCGUUGAAUGAAUUGAUAUGAACUUUUAUUUUCAGACUGUUUCAUGCUCUGUCUCUUUCUUUGUUAUCAAAGUGCUUGUUAAAUACAUACAUGCCCAGUACUAACGUAAACAGUAAACUUCAAGGAGUAAUAUACCUUAAAAGAAAGAACCCCCACAACAAAACUGGAUUCUUCUGCUUUUGGGAUAAUGUACGUUUAACUUUUGUCAAAAUAAAUGUUGAUAAGUAAGUGUAAGUUUAUUUUUUACUUCAUAACUGACCAUUUUUACAACUUUAAAUACCCAGUGCAUUUACGGGUUAAAGUCUUGAGCUGUGUUUUAUCAUGCAUUUGGGUUGAGUAUACAGCACUUUGCAUUUAUGUAUGUGUACAUCAUGGUACUGAAUGUCAGUUUUAGAUACGGUAAUCACUUUACCAUACAAGAUGAUCAACCUCUCUUGAAGCUACACUAUUUCAUUCUGUUUUACACGAUUCGAGUUGAAAAACUGGAAGGCUUAUUUUUAAUAAUCUACUUAAAGGCAACAGAUUGGGUUUUUCCUAAAACACAGGAUAAGAAUUGACAUCAUAUUUCAAUCUCCCAGUCUUGUAGAUAAUAUAUAUACUGAUGCAAUAUAUCAGUUCCAGGCAAAUUUUGUAAAUAUUGAACUAACAUAUUUAUCUCCUGGACCCUAAGAUUUGAAAGUAUACAGUUGAAAAGUCUUUUCUGCUAAAUUACAUCAACAACCUGUUUCACCAAUACGUAGGUUAUCAACUCCUAUAUAAUUUCAGACAUUUUUUAAUAUGUGUAUCAAUUUGAAUAAUUUGUCCGUUAUGUAAAUUUGCCAUAUCUGAUUUCCUUGUUCUCCCAAAGUUGUCUUAACCUCAUCACAAUGGUGCGCUUGUCCACAUCUCCUUUAUUGUGGGGAAGGAUUCUUACUUGUGUUUAUAGGAUUAUGUUGCUGUCACAUUUUUGGGUUAUUGUGUGUGUAGUAGGUGCUAAAUAGUUUAUUUUAGAAUUUUUAGUAUAGGUUCUGUGACUAGCAAUCUGUUCAGACAUUUCAGACUGAUCUCUUUUUAUCUGUUUCUCUCAUCACAGCUUAGCUUUUGGUUGUUAAUUUUGCAGUACAGUAUUUUUCUUGUAUGGUAGCUUGUUUCUUUAACAACUUCACAUUAUGCCCUGUGGUUUUAAUUAUAUGAAAGUCAGUUAAUUUAUAUUUCUCAGAUCAUUUCAAGUAUCAUUGUAGAUAGCAGAUUAAUUUCAUUACUGUGUUCAAUUAUUUAGGCUACUAAACUGUGUUGUUUUGUGACGUUGAAAAGUGCUAAUGCGUGUAUUCAAUAUAUAGGCAGAUUUCAUAAGUGAAUCUGCAGUAGUUGCAGUAAAUAGAACUUGGAUUCAUUGAAUAUUACCUGCAGGUGAGGCAUCAUACGUCAGUUAUCUUGACAACAAAACAGCUCUUAACAUUACACAAAAUAGAAGCAGAGGUUCUUUUAAGAAUUUAAAGAAAUAUUAUUGUUUUGCCUUGCACAAGGGAUCUUACGAAAGUCAUCACAAAUGCCUCAUCUGUAAGGUGACUAUUGUCUUACCUGCUCACUGCUGUAUUUACCAUAUCGACGAUAUAUCGUUUCUUCAGUUCAGCGAUUCAGCCGUUUCAGAAAUAAACAUAAUCAAAUUUCA